AUGGCCGGCGAUAACUCGGAAGAGAGGCAGGUGAGGAAGAUCGUGGUGGCGGUGGACGAAGGGGAGGAGAGCAACCACGCUCUCUCGUGGUGCCUGAAGAACGUGGCGGCCGCCGGCGACACCGUGGUCCUCCUCUACGCCCAGCCACCCCGCGUGGUCUACUCCGCGAUGGACGGCACUGGUAAGAUACCAACCCAUUUCCUUCUAUUACUCUGUUUAUAUGUUUCUCGCCCAUGAAUCUGCGCCCCCCCCCCCUUUAGGCCCUGAUUCAUGAUCUCCCCAGGGUAUCUCUUCUCCUCGGACAUCAUCGCCACCAUGGAGAAGUACAGCAAGGAGGUCGCUGACGCCGUGAUCCAGAAGGCAACGCGGACCUGCAGCGGCGCUCAGAAUGUGAGUGAUUUUUUUUGGCCCUAACUAAAUCUCCCACCGCAGUGAGCGACGCCUGCCCUGCGUUUAGGAUUUCUGACCCUCUUCGGCCGUUCUUCGUCAGGUGAAGUUGGAAACCAAGGUGGAGAAAGGUGAUCCCCGAGACGUCAUCUGCGAGACAGUCGAAAACCUCGGAGCCGACAUGCUGGUCCUGGGCAGCCAUGGCUACGGCGUCAUCAAGAGGUAACACCACCACACCGAUCAAUGAUGCAGAUUUCUGGAAUGUGCAGAUUUUCGACGAUGUCGUCGCCGAUCUGAUGAUGCAGGGCGUUCCUGGGGAGCGUCAGCAAUCACUGCGCGCAGAACGUCAAGUGUCCCGUCCUGAUCGUGAAGAGCCCCAAGCCGCAGCAUUAG